CGGCUGAAUCGCUCGAAAAGACGUGGAGAGAAAGCCAGCGGUUGUUUUCUCUGUUCAAGGGAAUGUUUGUGAUUCAGAAUUUAUAUCCUUUUGGUUGGACUGCUCUGUUUCUUAACACAUACGCUGGGUCAGUUAUUGGAAACGUUGAUCAUUGCAGAUCGAGUGUACUAUUUACAAAGACACGGAGCAAAUGUCAAGGUGGUGUGUGCAUUUGAACGCAAGAAAUCACCUCGAUGCAUGCUUAUUCAGGCAGUAAAGAAUCAUUCACCUAUGUGUUCUGUUUGUUUGUCAAUCCUUUUCUAUAUUCAGGUUUGCUACUCGAUUUUAAUUGACUUUGCACACAAUCAAUCAACUGUCAAGUUCAUUACCACCAAAAACAGAAUAACGACAUUAUUACGAUUCUAUCAUAUUUGCAAACGUUUCACUAUUCUUUUGGGGUUGAUACUGCCGUAUUUUUUGAUUCACGUACCUCACUUUUCAAAGGGAUCUUCAUUCUACAAAAUGGAAAGAAUUGAUUUGGAAUAAAUAGCGAUCUGCUCCUUUUUCCCAAAUAUUCUUUAGUAUUAUCGAAUACUAUUGAUUGAAUAUGUCCCUAUACUAUCUGUUGUGCUUGAUCAUUGUUUCUUUGUCUCUAUCUUUGGAAAUGAAUCCCAACGCUGGUAAGAAGUCAAACUGGCCGGAAGUCGUCGGACUUCCCUUCGUUGAAGCUGAGAAGGUGAUUAUGGGAGAUCGCCCGGAUUGCAAGGUUAUCCACGUUAAGCCUGGUGUACGAAUGACGCGCGACUACAAUCCGUUCCGUGUAUUUGUGAUCACAGAGAAGGAAGAGCCUUACAAAGUGGUCUCUCCCCCUGGCUGUGGAUAAUUGAAGUUUUUGUUUAUUU